GAGAUGCCAAUGCGGGGUGCGCUCGCGGUGGUGGAAGAAGACGAGGGGUGCUACCGCGCUCCGUUACCGGGGCUGCCGGGGUCCGAGGAGCGACUACGGUACCGCAGAGGAGGCGGGAGACGGCGGCGCGGGGUGCCGUUCAACCGGGGCGGCUGCUACAUGCUGAUCGUCAUCGGGGAGAUCGGCACGGAGCAGCAGCUGGACGCCGCCAGAGCGCAGAUCGAGCGGGGAAUCCGUUCCUGGGACGUCGACCUCCAGAGCUGCGACCUCGAUCAGCAGCUGCAGCUGUUCAUCACCCGCCACUCGGCCCACUUCUCCUCCGAGGUCAGAGGACAAAGAACUCUCCACCACAGGAGUGAUGUCCUAGAGACCGUGGUGCUCGUCAACCCUUCAGAAGACACCGUUGUAUCGGAGAUCCAGUCUCUAGUCACAGACUCGGCAGGACACAAGCUUCUGGUCUUGAGUGGACAGAGUUCAGAUCACGGUGGCCUUGUUCUGCAAACUGGGGUCUUCACCUACCAGACCCUCUCACGUGUCUUUGCUGAUCCUGGGGUCAGUGAAUUACUGGGCACAACAGCCCCCAAGCAGCAGGCCACACUAACCGUGUGCUGCCGCGGGGAGGUGGGCCGGAGCUCCCUGGGCCAGCAGCAGACCCUGCGCGACUUUCUGGAUUACAAACUAAACCCCGAGCCCGUCCUUCCCGAGAUGGAGGGCGUCACCGAGUUCACGGAGUACAUCUCUGAGACGGUCGACGUCCCUUCGCCGUUCGACCUCCUGGAGCCGCCCACGUCCGGAGGCUUCCUGAAGCUGUCCAAACCGUGUUGCUACAUCUUCCCCGGUGGCCGCGGAGACUCCGCCCUCUUCUCCGUGAACGGCUUCAACAUCUUAGUGGACGGAGGCUCCGAACGGAAAUCCUGCUUCUGGAAGCUGGUUCGCCACCUGGACCGCAUCGACUCGAUUCUGCUCACGCACAUCGGCGCCGACAAUCUGCCGGGUAUCAACGGGCUGCUUCAGAGGAAGGUAGCGGAACAGGAGGAGGAGCAGUCCCAAGACUCCACCAACUACAGCGAAUGGAUGAAGAACUUGAUCUCCCCCGAACUCGGCGUGGUGUUCUUCAACGUGCCAGAGAAGCUCCGCAUGCCGGAGUCCAACAUGAAAGUGAAGCGCAGCAUCGAGGAGGCGUCCCUGACCUUGCAGUACCUGAACAAACUAGGAAUCAAACCAGAGCCUCUCUGCCGAGUGGUCGGCAGCACCAUUGAGCCCAUCACUCUGUUCCACAAGAUGGGAGUGGGCAGGUUAGACAUGUACGUUCUCAAUCCUGUCAAAGACAGCAAAGAGAUGCAAUUUUUAAUGCAGAAGUGGGCCGGCAACAGCAAGGCCAAAACUGGUAUAGUGCUGCCCAACGGGAAAGAAGGGGAGAUCUCUGUGCCCUACCUGACAUCCGUGACGGCCUUAGUCGUCUGGCUUCCUGCCAACCCCACUGAAAAGAUCAUCAGAGUCUUGUUCCCUGGGAAUGCACCACAGAACAAGAUCCUAGAGGGCCUGGAAAAAUUAAAGCACCUUGACUUCUUGCGCUAUCCGGUUGCCACGCAAAAGGAUAUCGCCUCCGGAGCAACUCCCUCGGUCAUAAAACAAACCAAGUUGAAACAAAGAACAGACAGCAAAGAGAGUCUCAAGUCCUCCCCGAAGACGACUGCAAAGGCCUCAAAGAAAGAGAGCGAAGGACAGGAUGACGUGUCGGCCGCCGCGGAGGCAAAGAGCGACUCCGUCAAGGAAAAUGUGUCGGAGAAAAAAGUGGAGAAAAAGACGACGAAAACUAUCAAAUCUAAAAGCGACGUGCCAGAAAAGAAAAAGCUCCUGCAAGACAAAUCCUUGAAAAAGCACCCGAAGGAACGGGUGUCAAAAAUGGACGAAAAGAAGGACAAGGAGAAGAAAGAGAUCAAGAAAGUGAAGAGAGACGACUCCGCCAAGAGAGACGAAAAGAAAGACGUUAAGUUCAAAGACGACAAAAAGAAGGACGCGUCCAAACCGGAGCUGAGAAAAAUCACAAAGCCCGACCUGAAGCCGUUCACUCCAGAAGUCAGAAAGACGUUGCACAAAGCCAAAGUGUCGAGCAAGGCCAAGGCGGGAAAAGUCAAAGCGGCAAAGACGUUACCUGCCGAGCCGAAGCCAGAGGAGCCCAAACCUGAAACGGUUCAACCCGAACCAACGGAGAGCGGCGCCGUCGAGGGAAAGUUUAUUUCCUCGACCCCUGAAGACCUCACCAAGGAAUUUGAAAUCGUGAACAAAGCUGAAGUUGUCGCUGCAUCAGCAGAACCUCCGGAGACCUCCGAGCUGACGGCACAGAGUCUCGGUCGAGAGAACCAGGAAGCAUCCGAGACGCCGCCCGGCGCCAAGUCUCCGGAAAAGGAGGAAACGUCCCCGGGAGCGAAAGCAGACGUGGACGACAACAAGUUGACGCGAGAGAGAGAAAUGGAAGACGCUCAAAAGUUUGAGGACGAAGGCGCAGCGUCUCAGGACGAGGACGAGGAGGAAGACGAGGCCCCGGCAGCCAAAAGGCAAACAGAGGAGGAGGAGGAGGAGGAAGAUAUGGGAAUAGGGGAAGAGGAAGACGAAGCAAAAUGGAAGGAAGCAAAGGACGAGGGUCUCGACAGGAAACACGAGUUGGAAGCGAUGGAGAAAACAGAAACACUCUCAGCUAAGCUUGUGAUGGAAGAGGAGGAGGAGGAAGAAGAGGAAGAGGAAGCAGUCGAGAAAGCCGAACUGGAGGAGGUCGAAGAUUUGGAUGUUAUUGCGGAUGAAGAGAUUAAAUCGGAAGAUCCAGCUGAAGGAGAACUGUUCGCCGAGAGAAACGCCAACCUUCUGGCUGCAACUGAAGAAGAGGACGAGGAAGAGGAGGAGGGCUACCUGUCGCAUGUCGGAGGGGCCACAGCUCCCAUAACCUCCGUCGUUCACGGAGCCGCCGCGGCCGAACCCAUCUCCUACAUCCAGGACGAGACCAUCCCCGGCUACUCCGAGACCGAGCAGACCAUCUCCGACGAGGAGAUCCACGAGGAGGCGGAGGAGAGGAUCCCACACCUCCAGUACGACGUCGGCGCCUACGACGUCUCCGUUCCGGAUCAGACCGGAUCCUUCGUCGACGUGCACGGCGUGAGGCCGGUGCGAGCCGCCGCUCUGCCGGAGAGGAGCUUCAUCCCGGGCGUGCACGAGCAGGUGUCCAUGUUCACCAGCAUCAUCACGGCUCCUCUGGCCGAGGAGGAGCACGUGUCCUCGGCCACGUCCAUCACGGAGUACGACAGGGUGUGCUCCCUCCCCACUUCCAUCGCCGAAGACCAAUCGGCGGCGUCCGGCGCGGCACCUGCGGCCGAGGAACCGCCCAGAAGCCCCGUUGCCGUGUCGACCCCGCCGGACGCCGCCCGCGGCAAAGAGCGGCCGCUCUGCGGGACUAUUUCGCCGCCUUCCUUCGAAGAAGAGGACAAACGAGGCAAGUUUCCUUCCGAUGACUUCGAGCGUCCCGUUGCAGAAGUGAAGACGCCGGCUCCGGAAGCUCCGGAAGCUCGCGAGGAAGAAGAGGAGGAGGAAGAGGACGAGGAAGACCAAACUCCCAAUGUAGACAUUUCACUUGAAAAACUCCAAGAGGGUUAUGCGUCACCCCAAAUAUCACAGCGUGACGAGACGGAUAUUGAACAGCUUGCUGGCUCAGUGUCUCCGCUCGACACCAAACCAGUGCACCUGCCAGUCGAGGAGGUAAACACAGACGCUUUUGCACCUAAAGGGAUUUCGUCUGUUGUGCCGACUAGACCUUUUGGAUCCGACUCGGUGACUUCAGAGAGCGAAGAGCGCUGCUUCAGUCCGGAUGACAUCACUGUUAAAAUGGCCUCCCCGCCACAGUCCGGACCGCCGAGUGCGGCUCAUUCGCCUCUUCGUCACUCACCAGUGGAAGACAAGAGGAAGGCCUUCCCUGAUUCGGAGGAGACCCUCGACGUUGCCACGGACGACAAAGCAAAAAAGACAGCUGAAGCGGGAACACGAAAAGACGUCGACAAACAGAAAGAGGAUCGGCACGAAGUGGAAAUGUCAACGUCGUUGGACGAAUCAUUGGAGGAGGACUUUAAAGACGUUCCAGUGACGACGGAGUCAGAAAAAGACACUUCGGCCGCGCCAAUAGAAGACGAAGGCAAGUGCUCAGAAACGGUGCCUGUUGCGUCUGUAAGAGAAGUUCAGCCACCAGAGAGGCAUUCCCUCAUCAUCUCUGGAGGAAGUGAUGAAGAGAUUGACGACAAGCUCAAAGACAAAGGACCCAAAGUUCCCAUCACAGGUGCAUUCCCAGAGAGGGAAAGUCACUUCCUGGACGAUGAUGAUGAUGAUGAUAAAUCUGCAGUUAAAACCACCGAGGCGGAACAAGAGAAAGGAAAGGAUGACACCUCUGAUAGCCAACCGAUCAAGGAGGAGCAACAGCAGAAAUCUGGCCAGGAAAAUGUUUCGGCUAUAAUGUCCAUCACGGAUAAGAAAGUGGAGAAAGUAGACACAUUAAAGGAGGAUACCUCUGAUAUUAAACCCUAUAAAGAAGAGCAAAUGGCAAAGGACAUUUCCCCUGCUGUUGGAGCCAUUAAAGACGAGCACAAAGAGCCCGAAAAGGAAAAAGUCACAACCAAAGAAGGCGAGAUGGAGAUUAAAGUCAAAGAUGAGCUAAAGCGGAUGGAUGAUGAUUUUGACCUCAAAGCCAAAGAUGAGGUGAAGGACGCUGAUGAGUUGGCUGAUAGCGAUAUUUCUGAUAUUAGCCCUAUAAAGACUGCAAAUAGAGAGAUUGACCUGGUCCACGCCACAGAUAUAAAGCCUGUUAAAGACGAGAUGGAGAAAGAGGUGAAAAAGGACGAUAUGCCCAUUAUUGAACCGACUAAAGAUGAAAAGAAAAAGGAGACCGAACCAUCUGAUAUCAAAGUGAUUGUAGAUGAAAAAGAGAUGGAAAAGAUAGAUGCUUCUGGUGCCAUGUUCGUUACCGAUGAGCAGAGAGGAGAUGAGAAAGAGAUUGGUGACAUCCCUGUUGCUAAAGAAGAAGACAUGAUUAGUAAGGGUGAUGCGUCUUCCGUGACCAUAAAAGAAGAAAAGGGGAAAGAGGUUCGUAAAGAUGCCGUCUCGACCAUCACGAGGGAAGAAGAAAUUCCUGCUGCCAAGUUAGCCACAGAGCAAGAAAAAGAUAAAGAGACGAGUAAAGAUGAUAGUUCUGACACCAAACUAUCCAAGGAGCAGGAAAAAGAUACGACGACAAGCAAGGAUGAUGCCUCCAUCUUCAAACCUACGAUAGAAGACACAAGUAAAUAUGAUACUGCUGCGAUACAACUUACCACGGCAGAGGAAAAAGUUAAACUGCCAAGUACAGACGAUACUUCUGCUGCUAAGGCAACACUUGCAGAAGACAAGGGGCAUGAGGACAGUAAAGAUGACCCUUUCGCCACCAAAUGUACCAAGAUAGAAGCAGAGCACGCACAAUUCAGUAAAGAUGAUGAUUUAUGUGCCGCACCAAGCGAGGCAGAAGAAGAAGAGACGCGUAAAAAUGCCGUCAAAUCAGCCGUGGAGGAGGAAAAGCAGAAAGUAAGUGAUAAAGAUGUUGUCAAAACUGCCAAGAUCGAGGAAGAGGAUGUCAUGAUGAGCAAAGAUAUUUUCGCUGUCAAAACAUCCAAGGGCGAAUUUUAUACGAUACCCACCAUGCAAGAGGAAAAGCAGAAAGAAAUGAGUAAAGAUAUUUGUGCUAUCAAAUCAAUGACGGAAGAAGAAACAGAGAAAGCAGUAGAUAAGGAGGAAACUUUAGCGGAGGAAGGGCUGUCAAUUCAGGAUCGAAGUGUUGCUAUCCAACCCAACCAAGAAGAGAAAUAUACAGUAAUAAUUAAGGAUGAACAUUUUGCUAUCCAACCCAUCAAGGAGAAGGACAUCAAAGACACUUCUGGUGUAAAAACCCCUUCAGAUGAGGAGAAGGUAGAGAUGAAAGAUGUUACAUCAGAUGGAAAAGUCAUCAAGGAGGCGGCAAAAGAAAUCCCAAAGGAUGAUAUUCCUGAUACAGAAGUUCAAGUAAAGGAGAAAGAAAAGAGUUCUGAUGUUGUAUCCAUCCAUGAGCUGAAGGAUGAUAUUCAUGAUAAAGAAGUUCAAUUAAAAGAGAAAGAAAUGGAGAAAGAAAAGAGUUCUGAUGUUGUAUCCAUUCAUGAGCUGAAGGAUGAUACUUCAGUCAAAGACAUGAGGGAUGACGGAGGGUCGGAUGAAGGUGACCUUUCUGACAAACGGAUAAAAACACAGGAGGUUAAAGAGCAGGAGAAGGCCGAUACCUCUGAUCGCAAACCGAUCCUGGAGGCAAUUAAAGAAAAAGAAACUGAGAAGGAUGACACGAAGAAGGAGAAAGAAACUGACUCCAGUGUGGAGCAGCCCAAGGACACCAAAGAGAAAGAGUCAUCUAAAGUCGAGGACCGAGGCAAACCGCAAGGGAAAGAUGAUCAUCCUUUUGAUACUGAAUCGAAGAAGGAUGAUAAGAAAGAGGUCGAUCCUCCCAUGUCUCAGACCUUGGAAGAAGAGGAAGUGGAAAUGGACGGUGUUUGUUACAUCUGCGAGCAUUAUGCGCACGAAGAAACCUCCGAUGAGCGUACGGAUACUCCGAAUGAGAAGGAAACCGCUGGCGCCGCAGAGAUUCAGCGAGGCACCUCUGUAACCUCAUCUGGCGAAGACUUAAAACCAGUGACAACAGAGGACAUCCGUUUGUCUCCCGGCCAAGAUAAAGAAGCGAAGGCCGCCGUCGGUCAAGAGGAGAAGCUGGAGAAAGAAAAAGACGACGCGCACGUCGCCGAACUGAGCAAAGAGCAGAAGAUGGAAAAAGAACCCGAAAAAAAAUACACCGACGAGACUUAUGACGCCAAAGACGACAAGACGGUGAAAGGAAAGGACGUGGCCCACGAGAAGACCGAUGAGAAAGACUCCGACAAAACCGCGAAACCACCGGCAGCGAGAGCGUCGGGAGAAGCCGCUGCGGCAUCCAAGUCCGAUGACGAACCUGCAUUUGCGGUUCGGUCCUCUGACGAAGAGGAGGAGGAGGAACAGGAGGACAUUUGUAUGGGAGGAGCCGGCUCCAGACCUUUGUCGGUGGAGCCGAGGAAGUCGGAACGUGACAUCUCGUCCCAAAAGCCGAGCGGCCAAACCGAACCGCCGACGUUCGAGCAGAUCGCCGCGAUCAUACCGACGUUCACGAUGCAGGGGCCCUCCAUCGAUGAAGACGGGAAAGAGUUCGGCGGAGGGGAAUCCAGAAUGGACGAAGACGCUGCACCACUUGCCAAGCCAGAGGCCUCCUCCGACAGCGUCGCGUCAAAGGAGACGACGUCUGUUCCGAAGCAGGAAAAGGCUUCGGACACACCAACGGAGCCGAAGCCUGCGUUGCCAACCGCAUCGAGCACCGACGGUCGACCCGGGGGCUCCACAGAGAAACCGAUCCCGUCCCCGACGAGCUCGGCGGUCAGCGCGACAGGAAAGGCGCCGCUGGACGAGAAGCCAGGGAAGGAAGCGGAGAGGGAGAUGGAAGGAGAGCGAGAGAUGGCGUCUCCCGGAUUAUCGCAGCCGUGUUCCUAUUUCACGUUGGACUCCGAGGACGCCGGCCACGCUCGAGCCGCCGACGCUGCACCGAUGCCGUCGGAGAAGGAGGCGGUCAGCGGACGCACCGGAGGCGAAAAGCAAACCUUCGGCGCGUCCAAGUACGAUCCGUACGAAAAGCCCAUUCCGAAGGGCCGCGACUCGGACUCCAGGGAAGAAAGCGAGGUUUCUUUGGGUUUCGACCGGCCCUCUGAUAUUGGUUUUGACGAUAACAGAAGAACAAGCCAGGCGGAGGCGGGAGGAGGAGCCACAUUCGCCCCGGACGACCAGUCCAAAGAAGAGCCUCCGUCCUUCAGCAGAGUGGACGACAGCCCAGCGUCCCUCACUGAGAGAAGCAGCCACCACAGCUCCUCUCCGCAGGACGAAGACAGAGAGAAAGGCCAAGAGGAGGAGCGCGAGCGAGAAGGACGACCAGACACGCCGUAUGUCGAAAGGAGCUUUUCGCCCGUAGACAUGCAAGACAACAAAAUGUCCCAGGCUGCAGAGUCUUAUUCUUUCCGUCCCAAAGAGGAUAAACCCGAGAAAUCGGAGAAAGAGAAGGACGGUGCUGCGUCUUCUCAAGCGGGGGCGACGGGAGAAAACGAGACGGUUUCCGCUCAAUCGGCAGGUGCAUCGUUCAGACGAGACACGGCGUCUCCGUCCCGGAGCCAAUCGGAUCUCGGGACCCAAGCUUCUGCUGCUCCCGAUGCUUUUGGGGGAUUCGAAGAGAAAGAGAGAGAAAAAUCCGCCGAGUCGUUAAAGGACAAAAUGGAGUCCUCUGAGCACGAGCGAGAGGGCUCUCCAUCCGGUCGGCAUUCGCCUGCGGAAAAAGACAUUUUACCUCAACAAGCGUCGCCUUUAGAGAAGGAAGAGACUUCUAGUGCUUCGGCGUCUGCUGCCACAUUUUCGGGACAUGAAGUAGACGAUAAUGUUUUGGCGUCAGAGAAUAGUCAAAUUAGCAGCUCGGCCUCUUGUAAAUCCAUCUUAGACUUUCCCGACGGAAGAGAGAGCGUGAUAGAUAAACGGUUAAUCGUAGAGGGAGAAGAUUUCAAUGUUGAUGACGAUGAGGAGGACGACGACGACGACGAGGACGAGGAGGAAGAAGAGGAGGAUACGAGUGACGUUGACGUGGAAAAGGGGGCCAGAGAACAGUCUGAGAAAGAAAUGUGCAGACGUAGCUCUGGUGACGGUGCUGCGUCAGCAGAGGCUGAGGACUCAAACAAAUGGACUCAGCUGCCUGAAUCCGGCCUCCUUAAAGUCUGUCAACCGACACCUGGCGGAGCCUCAGCGGCAGACAAGCAGGACGCGAGUCGAGGACCAACAUCUCCCGACACAAAGCCACUGGAGAAAGACGAUCCAGCCACAUCCAAACGUGAAGAUGGAGGGGAAACAACGACGUCGCCGGACUCGAGCGUUCACAGAAUGGACGGAUGUGGUUUCUCUCCAUCAGAUGCCCCAAAACCUCGUGAAGCAACUAGAGCAGAGGACACAGACAAACAUCAUUUGUCCCCUGAACCGACCACGAAGAGGAGGUCGUCAUCGGCGGAGGAUUUGACCUCUUAUGAAGUCCUGCAAUCACAAAAAGGAGGUGGAGACAAAGUGUCUCCAUCGGCCAGCUUUUUGAAAACGGAAACUCCUCAACCAACGUCCGCAAGCAGCUUGACGGGUAGCUUCUUGCCACCUGACGCUUCAGAAUCCAUUCCCAUGACUACAUCUAGCCCCUCCCCUCCACUAAGAGGUAGCUAUGCCGACAUCGGACAGGGUCGAUCUGGAAGUUAUUCGGAGCCUUUUUACAGUGAGGAUAGUCAAGUAGGAUUGAAGGAAGAUGCCUCCCAGCGAUCCAAGCCGAGCGAUGAUAAAUAUUACAGCCAAGGAAACAUCCGAGAAGAAGGUCAAGAUAUCGCCACAACCCACGAGGAAACCGCCACGUCCCCGUGCACAUACACCACCUUAACAUACUCCACGUCAACAUACUCCUCCACGUCGUACAGUUACUCGUCCUCAGCCUCAACUUCCGCCCCUUUGAGCAAACCGCUGGGAGACAAAGUCAAAACCUUCCCGACAUUAUCAAGCCCCACAGUACCUCUAGCCAAAGAGGAUCAAGAGUCUCCGAGCUCCUGCUUUGGGGGAUUCCAGAGAGACGAGUACAUGGAGGUGACGACGAAACCUGCAGCGAAAGCGUCUUCACCCAGCCAGGCGGAGGAGGCCAAACCAUCGUAUCCUGGCUCGUCUCACACUGCCAAACAGACCGAGGGUCAAACCGGAUCUGGAAAGCCUGAAACUGAAACAAAGUCAAGCCCCGAUUGUUUUUAUAUGCUAGAAACUAAGAUUACGACGUCCUCCGCUGCACCUUCCCUGCAAAGCAUCGAGCCAGUCAAGGUGUCGGAGAAAGUACCGGAGGCUUGCUUUGAUGUCUCGCUCCUCCAAAGGGCUCACUCCCCUGACAAGGAGUCCUCCGAGUCAUCAGAAGACGAGGAGCCCGUUACGCUUGAAAUGGAGGACGGCACCCCGCCGAGUCGCAUUGAAUGUCAACCGAUCAAAGUGGCUGAGCAGAAGGAGAGUUUUUCAUUGAUAACCGAGUCAUAUGUGGUAGAAAGUACCUCGGUCACCAACCCCCCUACUGCAGUGUCUAAACCUGACGUGGUGAUGGAGUCCACCGCACAGACGGCCUCACUUAAAUCACUCGGUGAUAGCGGAGCGAGCAAAACCACGUGUGCCACAGCAGACGUAUCCAAAACAGAGAUAAAGGAGAAAACACCAGAAGUAAAAGAGGAAAAGAGAGCAAUAACACCUUCGAAGGAAGAUGAAAAGACAUUCACCGCCGAAGACUGUGCAGUCGAGCAGAAAAUAGAGGAGAAGUUACCGGUGGAGAAGUUGUGUAAAGACGGCGCGGAGGAGAGGAAGGAAACAGAGGAUCCAGAGAUGUGCGAGAAAGCAGAAGGGGCGGAAAAAGUCGAGACGAAAAGCUUCUUGGAGAUGCCGCCGGAGAGAUUAUCGGCCAGGAGAAGGAGCAGCAUAUCUGACUGGGAACUACUCCAGAAGCCUGAAGACUGCCCGAGUGCCCCGCCUCCAGGUUAUGGUGAUGAUGACGAGGAGGAAGCGAUGGAAUGGAUGACCAGUGCCCACGGUACCUCCAUGCCCUCCUCGAAAGACACCCAUCACACAGAGACAUCCGGCAAAGGAGCCGCGAGGGCCGAUCGUCCCUCCGACUUGAACACCGGAGCCGCCUCCUCCUCCUCUAGCUCCGCCUCCUACCCGGGCCACUGCGAAUACAAACACCGCAAAGGAGAGCUUUCUCCAUCGUUCAUCAACCCGAGCCCUCACCCGCUCUCCAGCGACGAGGCCGAGGGCGACGACCGCAGCGACCACUCCCAGGACGGAGGCGAGGACGACCAGGAGCAGCACUCCGUGAAGAGGAGGUCGCACAAGCAGGAGCGCCACCACGCUCAGAGCUCCCACGGAGACGCCGCUCAGGGCCCGCUGCCCGGCCCCGGGUCAUCCGGUUUGACCGCGACGUUAGCCGGAGAGGAGACGCCGCCGACGUCGGCGAGCGAGUCGUUGCCCUCGCAGUCCGAUUCCGACGUCCCUCCGGGGACCGAGGAGUGUCCGUCCAUCACGGCGGAAGGAAAUCUGGACUCGGACGAAGACGCCGAACAUCUGCCGGUGGACAAACUAUCCGGAGCCGGCGGGGGUCACCAUCCUCCGUCGCCGCGGUCAGCUCAGAAGACUCACGACCCACCGCCCACCCCGAUGAAGGACCCUCACCCACACCCUCCGCACCCGGACGUGUGCAUGGUGGACCCCGAGGCGCUCCUCACUGACCACGGCGGCACGGAGAAACUUCUCAAGAAGGAGCACAAGACCAGCAAGGGCCUCAGGAAGGGCAAACCCAAGUCGGCCUCCCCCGCUCGUAAGGGGGAGGUCAGGAAGAGGUCCUCCACUCCGGUGAAGCAGACCUCCAAGGACUCCGCCUCGCCGCGAUCCGCCUCCCUCAAGAGGAAGGACACGGAGAGGAGCUCCAGGCCGAGCAAGACGUCGGAGACGCACGGCUCCAAGAGCGAGACCCACAACCCGGGCAAAGGCUCGGUCAUCGGGGUCAAGAGCAGUCCAGGAAACAACUCCCAGAAGCCCCCCCCGGCCGUGCCCUCCGGACCGCCCAUCUACGUGGACCUGGCCUUCGUGCCCAACCACUGCAGCGCCAAGAACGUGGACCAGGAGUUCUUCAAGAGGGUCCGAGCCGCGUACUACGUGGUGACCGGCAACGACCCGGGCAGCGGAGAGCCGAGCCGCGGAGUCCUGGACGCCCUGCUGGAGGGAAAAGCCCAGUGGGGCUCCAACCUACAGGUGACUCUGAUCCCGACCCACGACUCGGAGGUGACCCGGGAGUGGUACCAGCAGACCCACGAGAGGCAGCAGGACCUGAACAUCAUGGUUCUGGCCUCCAGCAGCACCGUGGUCAUGCAGGACGAGUCCUUCCCGGCCUGCAAGAUCGAAUUCUGAUCUCCACAAGCUCCUCCCCCCUCCCCCAUGUGUCACCCCCCCCCCCCCCCCGUCAUCUGUCCUCACUGGAGGUCCAGCGGGAGCGACCACCGCCUC